AUGAGAAAUUUAGCAACUUGUUAUAGUGACCAUGCAAUCAAGGUUUCUGAUUCAUAUUGUUCAAGGAGUAAUUCAACAAAUAUAUAUGUCUCUCCAUCUUUCAAUAUUCCUUCAAUCCAAAAUGAAGUUUCUAUUAUUUACAAAGUCAAGCUCUCUACACAAAACCUUUUAUUCAUCACACUCACAUGGUCAACUCAUAAUAUUGACUUUGCCUUCACUAUAACCCUUAAUGAACCUCAUUCCAACACUUUAAAAUCCUUUUCUUUGAAAAAUAUCAAAGGGUCCAAAAAAAUUGAUCACUCAUUUGAUUCAAAGAUUGAACUUAUUUGGGAUCUUACUAAAGCCACUUAUGAAAUAGGGCCCGAGCCGGUCAAAGGGUACUUUGUCGCGGUUUUGGUAAAUUCUGAGAUUAUUUCAUUUGGUGAAAUUGAAAAUUUGGAGUUCAAGAAACUUGUUUUAGAUUACUCUUUUGCUAAAUGUUCAUUAUUAUCGCGUAAUGAACGUUUUUUAGGAAACUCUGAGUAUUCAACUAAGGCUAAGUUUUUUGAUACUGGGACAUGGCAUGAUAUAAUGAUCACGUGCUUGGCAGAUGGCAUGAGGACUAAUACUUCUUUGAGUUUGUGUGUUUCUAUUGACAAGAAAAAUGUGAUUCAUAUAAAGAGAUUAAAAUGGAAUUUUCGCGGUAAUCAAACAGUUUUUUUGGAUGGUAUGGUUGUGGAUUUGAUGUGGGAUGUUCAUGACUGGUUUUUCGAGUCGAGUUCAAAUUCGAGUACAAAAUCGAGAUCAAGAUCAAGGGAUGGGAUCUUCUUGUUUAGACCAAGAAGUGGAGUGAAUGGCAGAUUAUGGCUUCAAGAGAAGAAUUUGGAUGACAAAGAACAAGAUAAUAUUGGACCUUCAUUGUUGAUUUAUGCUUGUAAGAACCCUGAUUAA